AUGGCGGGAGCCAAAAGCCUGCCAUACACUGCUUCGGACACAGACACGAACAACUGUGCUGAUGCCGAUGCUCGUGUUGAUGCUGGCUCUGACACUGACACCCACAUGAUGGAUGCUUUAGAUGAUGAUACGAUAGAUACUUUAGCUACGGAGCUAAUUGGUCUUGGAAGAGUGUCUGCCAACAUGCGCCAAGCCAAUCAGCCCGAUCUUGAGCCUGAUAAUGGCCCCGACCCUAAUAUUAUGACUGGGCUUGAUGAUGAGUCUGAUGAGGAUUCUGACAAUGAGUCUGACGACGAGUCUGGCGACGAGACUGCUGACGAGGACUCCAAAGAGUCAUCUGGUGAUGGUGGACCACCUGCCAAGAAGCAGAAGAUAUCGACUUCGACCAAGAAAGCCAAGAAGUCUAAGUCUAAGAAUGGUUCUGUUAAGCUGACUGACACCUAUGAAUAUCGUAUCGGAUAUCGAGACGACCUCGCACCACUCUCAACCGUUGAGGAAUGGUUUGCAGAUCUCAGUUCCAAUAUCAAGAAAUUGGGAUUCAAGAGAUUUAUCGACCACCUCAAUGGCCGAGCCUUAAGGGUAGCUACCAUGUGCUCAGGCACUGAAAGCCCUAUCUUGGCUCUCAAAAUGAUUUCCGAGAACUUAUUGAGUCAGUUCUCUAUCAAUUUCGACGUGGAACAUCUGUUCAGUGCAGAGAUCGUCCCAUUUAAACAAGCUUUCAUCGAGCGGAACUUUCAGCCCCCGAUCAUAUUCUGUGAUAUUACAGAGUUAUCAGACCCUCUGCUCGACGCAUCUCAACCUCGGACUGCCACUACGGCAUAUGGCGGCAAGGCUGAAGUUCCUGGAGAUGUCGACGUUCUGAUUGCUGGGUUUUGUUGUACCGACUACUCUAAGCUGAACAAUAAACCAAUGACACUCGCAGAACGCGGCGAGAGUGGGCAGACCUUCUACGCUAUCUUGGCUUAUGCCUUAGAGUACAAACCAAAAAUAAUCAUCCUGGAAAAUGUUGUCAGGGUUCCUUGGAACGACAAGAUAGCCAAGAAGCGUCUUGGAGAACGUGGUCUGGAUCAACACUUUGGAUUGAUCGGCUAUACUAGCCGUCACUUGAUCCUGGACGCAAAGGAGUUUUACGUUCCACAGACUCGACAGCGUGGCUACCUAAUUGCCAUUCACAGAGAGAGUUUUAAAGGAUCGGACGAGGAGAUCGAGGGAUUGCUUGAUCAAUGGGAGAAGGAUGUGACAAAGCUUCAGCGCCCUGCAAGCGUUCCUGCUGAAGCCCUUCUGCUCAAAUCCGAUGAUCCAAACCUCAAAUUCGUUCAACGCGAAAAUGUCGAGAAAGGAGAAGGCAAGAAAGAACUCUUCUGGAACAGGUGCAAGAUGGGUCACCAGUUGUACCGGAGCGCCCUAAAGUUGGGAGUGGAACAUCCUAUUACGAAAUGGGGUCCUUCUGGAAGCAAGCAGUUGUUUGAUUAUUACAGGACAUUCAAAGGUUUCACGGAGCGAGUCUUGGAUACCCUUGAUAUCUCUCAUUUGCGUUGUAUUAAGCGCGGCUUUGAUGACAGAUACUGGAACCGACUACUCGAUAUGUCGCAAAAUGUGUACCGCACCACGGAUAAUACCAAAACCGGCAUUAUGCCAUGUCUCACCCCUCAUGGGCUACCCUUUAGCACGGUUCGUGGUAGCAGCAUUGCAGGAUUUGAGGCUCUGCAAUUUCAAGCGUUAGACGUAGGCUCGAUCGACAUCAGCACCUUAUCACAGAGCGACCUUCAAGAUCUUGCUGGAAAUGCCAUGACUUCAACUGUUGUUGGUGCCGUCACUGCUGCGACUCUGAAUAUCUUCUACAAGCUCCUGAAGCCCGGUACGGGAGUCAAGCCCAAGGACGAGCGGAGACUUAAACUUGUGGCAAGAGACCUGCAGCUGGAAAAGAAGUCCGCCGACCCUGGAGAUUACUCGGAACUGUCGGUUGAAGAUGCAAAGGCAUGGGCAGCCGUCACUCGGCGCCUUUGCUACUGUGAAGGCAGACACGAUGUUACUAUGAUACCAAUUCAACAAUGCACCGUCUGCAAGCAUACGACUUGUGUCACUUGUGGCCAAAGUCCUAGACACCAUUACAAGUUAAUGGAUACAGAUUUCAUUGCCACACGCAAGUGUCCUUCCAAUUUUUUCAAGCUCAUCAAGAAAUCCAUUCCGAUGUUAUUCAGUUUCGACAAUACUCACCCUUCAGUCGAGGAACGCAUUCGUCAGAUGGAAGAGCAUCGCCCUCAACAUUUCACUGAGGAGGCUUGGACUCAGACACUUGAGGCUAUCCGUAGUGCAUUGUGUUCCGAAGUUCAAUUUCGAGACAUCAUCCGUGCCGAGUGCUGGCAUGUUCAUUUCCACUCGCCACUGGUAAAUGGUACAUCGGGCGCAAGAGUCGAAUUGCUCAUAUCUGAGUACAGCGUUGAAUGGCUCUUAUAUGCAACGGUUCCGCCAGACGAGCCUCUCAAUACUGAGCGUCGAAAGCAUCUCGAGAAAUUUCCUUUUGCUCGUAUGCGACCUAAUGGGGAUGACAUUGUAAAAGGCAACUGGGAAUUCUACAUCCCAGAACAUCAAGAGGCGAAGGCGAUGAUCACAAGUAAAGGUAAGCUAGUCAAGUCGUAUCCCGCUACCAUUGGACUUGAGGGCAUUACGAAUUGCCCGGUUUGGGACAAAUGCUCCGUGAAACUUUCAGGCAAUGACUCAAACAAAUUCGAGCGUGACAUUAGCGGAGAUUAUGAGUCCUCACCAGUUUGUGGUCAAGCCUACGACUCUUUCCACGUGCAGGUUUCGAGCAAGGGUUCAAACCGACCUGUCUGCAUGUAUUUCGAUCAUGAGAAGCUAUUGCGCAGUCCAGAACUCGACCACUUCAUCUUCACAGAUGAUAUCAGAAGACUUGAGUAUGGAGAAUAUCGACAAGCCUUUGCGCGACUUGAACCGACUUGGCAACAGCCUACACUGGUUGGUUCAAAGUCAAUCACAACCGACGAGUCCUCAAUGGAGCAGGAGGUCACAAUUCAUGUCGAUGGCCACUGGAUCGGUUGCCAGGGUCUUUCGAUAGACCUGUCGAGGCAACUUAGCGUGAUAUAUUGGCAACUUCCUAAUCAAAUACCUGAUCCCAAAAGCGAUUGCGACUCGCGGCACCUCAUUUUUGCUUGUACGACCAACCUGCCCAACUUGAUCAGCGCUCAGUGGGUUCGAAAGUCUUUGACUGUGCUCACUCUUUCCUCAGAAGUAAAAUUCUUCAAAGAAUUCCGCUGGAUCUUGGAACGGGGAUUGGUUGUUGCUGAUCACCUCCAGCAUAAUGCAAAAUGGAAUCCAACAACUGCACCGAAAAUUCAGUGUCCUACCUGCGCCCCUAAGGCUCCCAAGUUGAUGUGGGCGUAUUCCCAGCGCAACAAGCAGACUCCGUUCGAGGACCCUGCUGAUGGUCGUGAUUAUGAACGUGUACUGAAAGCCCGACCUCGGCCAGUCACUAUCAGAUAUUACAUUAAUGAUAAGGACAUGAUUCUGAUCAAUGUGGAAGUGAAUCCAAAAACCCUAUGCCACAGAGCAUGGGCACAAUUGGCACUUUACGGUAACGCCGAAGAUGUCAAAGUCGCAUGGCGUGUUGUUACAGACGACAAGACAUCUAACAAAUGUCUGCUUGAGCCCUUGACAAUUUUGAGCAGCGACAAUGAGAUUCCAGCUCCACCACCACCUAAUGUCAACAUGAAGCAAUAUAGCCCACGUCCUGCCCAGCUCAAAAACUUGGCUUGGAUUAUCCGUCAGGAACGAGAACCGCAACCCUUCCUCGAAGAAGAGGUCGUUGAAGAUCGAGUUACCCAUAUCAAUUAUCGUAUUGAAGGGAAGGCGACUCGUGAGAUCUUUAAUGGAGGCGGUGUCCUUGCUCACGAUGUCGGAUUUGGCAAGACGUUGAACAUACUUGCACUGAUUGAUUGUCAAUCAACAUGGGAUGAGCGUGGAGCCCAAGCUUCAGUACCGGGGCGUAUACCAGUCAAGGCAACUGUCGUUUUCGCUCCACCACACUUAGUUGGGCAAUGGGAAAAGGAGGCCAAGUGUUUCUUUCCAAAGUUAAGCAACGUGCUGAUCAUCGGCAAUAUUUUCCAUCUCAAAGCCCGUACCAUUGCCGACUACAAGAAUGCUGAUAUUAUCAUUGUGAAUUGGCGACUGGUCGGAAUGCCAUCGUAUUUGAUGCUUGUCGCCCAGUUCGCUGGUAUGGUCGAGCCUGAUACACGUGCUUCGGCCCGAGCCUUGCGGAGCUGGUAUGCAACAGCGCUGGGGAAAAUUGCCAGCCAUGUGGAAUUACUCAAGUCUGAUCCCACUGGCUUUGAAGGGCAUCUCAAGGACGAGUUCGACCAAGAUAAGGUAGCCUCUCAGUCGCUGCAUGCACCCGUACCGUCAAAGCGUGUUACGGGCGCAGCUUAUCGGAAGAAGGUCGCCUUGAAGCCUCCAAGUAGAAGCAAGGCAAAGGAAGCAGGGGAGGCACUUCCUCAACAACAAGAAGCUCCGAAAUUCAUGAGUCGCUCCAAUGCAUUCAAGUUGAAGAAGGUCGCAGAGACCGAGGAUUACGAUCUCAUGAAGUCUCCUAUCUUUGAAAUGUUCUCCUUUGGUCGGAUGGUCAUCGACGAGUAUGCAUAUCUGGAUAACCGGGACUGUGUUAAGCAGACAGUCAUGGUAUUGGAGUUCAUCAAGGCCCGACACAAGUGGGUACUAUCCGGAACUCCCUUAAUUGGUGGAUUCAACGACAUCAAGAGGAUGGCCAAAUUCAUUGGUGUCAAUCUGGGUAUCAAUGACUAUUCAUCAAUGAAGAGCGACAUUCUCAAUCAUGAACUCAAGGAUAUGACUAAUUCGGAGAAGUUUCUGCUUUAUAAGACAGCCCCUUCUCCCGCAUGGCAAGAACACCGUCACAAUCAUGCUCAAUGCUUCCUAAAUCAAUUCGCUCGGAAGGAUAUUGUGAAUAACGACGGAAUCAAACUGAGUGAGCAAUUCUGUCUGGUCCAUCAGCCUGCUGCUCCGCGAGCCACCUAUCUCGAAUUGAUGCAAUUCAUGUCAGCUUCAAAAUUUGAAAUUCGCGAACGCCCCGGAACUACUAAUCUGCAACACCGUAAAUCUUUGAUUCACGAUGCUCUUUUCCAAUGUCAAGACGCCGAGGAGGCUUUACUUUGUCGCGCUGCAUAUUUCGAUCUUCCAAAGGGUGAUGCACUAAACAACGCCAAGCUCUGUGAGGAAAUUGUUGAAAUUCGAAAGGGGCAAUACUUCGAGAAGAAACGACAGCUGCAAGACAGACUGGAAGAAUCUCUGCAACUCCUGAAGAAGACACCUGACGGCACUGAUGAUUUUUUUGAUGACUUUAAGAGCUGCGUCAAGAAAAACAAGCUUGGCGAUAUUGAAACUUUGAACGAAAUCCAGGAAAUCAUUGACAACGGUACUGAUAUUGACAUUGAUAUUAAGAGCACCUCAGGCACCCUACGAAGCUACUCCUCCAACAUGAAUAAGUUUCUUAACCAGCUAGUGGGUCUCAAGCGUUCCUGGCGUUUCUUUCAGGCUGUCCACACUAUCCAAUGUCUCCCGGCUGCCCAUAAACUUGCAUGCCAGAAAUGUGGCCAUCAGGAGUUUACCAUUCAAGAAUUAACCCUACUUGGACAAUGUGGGCAUUUGGUUUGCAAUUCCUGUCUUCCGAGGGAGGACGAGCCCUGUAUGGAAGACCAGGGCUGCAUGAUGUCCAAAUGUUCAGCAAGGAAUUCGUUCUAUGACAAGAUCCCAGCUCACGACUUACGCCAAGAAAGUGACCCCGAAGCUAUUUGCAGCAGUGGCAAGAUUUGCGAUAUCGUCAAUCUUCUCAAGCACCAAAUUCCCCAAGACGAGAAAGUAUUGGUAUUUGUACAGUUCCCGAAAUUGCUCCAGCAAGUCCAGGAGGCCCUAUCAUCCAACAAUAUCGCUUUCUGUGAUCUGGGCGGUGGCUUUGAAUCGUCGAAGAUCCUCUCUGAUUUCCAGGACGUGAAUUCAUCUCAGCGUUCGAGAGUAAUGACACUGAAUAUUGGUGAUUCUUCUGCGGCCGGCAGCAACCUCACUGUGGCGAACCAUAUUAUAUUUGUGGCCCCGUAUCAUACCACUGGCUCUAAUGCGCAGUACUUAUAUGAUGCUGCCAUGACCCAAGCUAUUGGACGUGCUCGCCGUUGGGGGCAAGAGAAGACUGUCAAUGUUUACCAUUAUCUCGUCACUGGCACCAUUGACGUCGACAUCAUCGAGUUCCGUCGCUCCCAGAUUCUAAAGAUGGUUGCACCAGGGGAGGGUGAGCUUGUCUCUGGCGAUCGAAAGGACAGCAAGCUCGGCAGCUUGUGUUACGAAUACGUCAGUCGGGAGUUUUAUUGAGGGUUUCA